CCCAAUUCGACUUUGCGUUGCUACAACGCACCGCCCCAAUCAUAAUAACCUAUUCUCAUCUAUUUUAUUCACUCAACAAUCUUUUCUUUAGCUCUUUAUAAUAAUUUCUCUUCACUUCUACCCUUCAAUACUUCACUUUCUUCUUCAUCAUCCAACUUCACUCAUCAUCAUCAUGUCUUUCAGAGGCCUAAGCAGGCCAAAUGCUUCAUCAGGCAUGGGUGUUGCUGAUCACAGCAAAACCACCUUCAUGGAACUGAAGCAGAAGAAGGUCCAUCGCUAUGUGAUCUUUAAGGUUGAUGAGAAGAAAAGGGAGGUUGUGGUUGAGAAGACCGGUGGCCCCGCUGAGAGCUAUGAUGAUUUCGCUGCAUCUUUGCCUGAGAAUGAUUGCAGAUAUGCUGUCUUUGACUUCGAUUUCGUCACUUCUGAGAAUUGUCAAAAGAGCAAAAUCUUCUUCAUUGCAUGGUCCCCUUCAACUUCUCGGAUUCGUGCCAAGAUGCUCUACGCCACAACUAAAGACAGGUUAAGACGUGAGCUAGAUGGUGUUCAUUAUGAAAUCCAGGCUACUGACCCCACUGAAAUGGAUCUUGAAGUGCUGAGAGACCGUGCACAUUGAAAUGUUUAUGUACUUGUUCAUUUUCUUUUCAGAUUCUACUAGGUUUCUACUUUCAAUGAAUUGCAGAGCCCAUCUUGCGACAAUAAUAUGAAUCUGAAUGGGGAUGGAUUAAAAGCUCUUAGAUGUCACUAUUGUAAAUCCCGAUUUACUGGACCUGUAUUGUAGAGCGUGACUUUAUGGAUCCAGAUAGAUGUGGUGGAGAUAAAAGUCUUUGCUUGUAACUCUAGCUAAGAAUAUCUAGAAAAUUUCAAAACUUGCAUUUAUUAAUAUUCUCUUCUUAAAAUUAA